CCAGCGCAAGCGGCGGUAACAGGAGCGCCAGGAGGUGAGGCGGGUUCGCCAGGAGUGGGGCCAGCACCCGGGCUGCCAGCCUAGCAGGGGCGUCUUGGCGGAGCCCCCUCGCAGGCUCCCAGAGACGCUGGGAAGGACUGGGAGGGGUGUCCCCAAUGCGGGGCGCCCAAGCGUGGCAGCACGGGCUGGGAGCGGGGAGCGAGCGGGGAGCGAGCGGGGUGCGGCUCCAGAGUGCAGGGAGAACCACCAGGCGCGGGAAUCGGGGAGCCCGUGGGGGGUGGGGGCAGCGGCUCCAGCCCCAGACAGCCGCGCUCUGACCCUUUGCAUUAAGAAAGCUUCCGGGGAAUGCACACGGCCGGGCCGCCGCCUUCGUGCAGCCCGCCCUGCAGGUGCAGGAAGAAAACAAUUAUCGCACCCGUUUCUCAGGUGCUUACUCCACCAUGUCCGAUCCGGACGUGAGGCUCUGUCUGCAGUCAGCAACUUGGAAUAUUCAGACUUCAGACCAGCAUCACAGAUUAUAACCCUCCGUAAAUCACCCGCAGCCCAGCUCCCAUCAAAAGCCAGCCUGAAAGACCCACGGACACGUGACUCCAGUGUUCUCAACAACAUCUUAAGAUCAAGUUGGUUUGCACAACGUUUGCAUCUACUUGGGACAAAGCAAGAACAAUAAGGGUAAAAAAGUGAAAAAAAAAAAAAAAGAUCCCUGAGUAAUUGCAAAUGCUGGGACAGUUUACCACUCCAGGGUGAAGAGUCCAUACCAACAUGUCUGCCUCCUACGGGAAUAACGGGUCUGAGGAAGACCCAGAUUACCCUGACUAUUCAGGGUCUCAGAACCGUAUGCAGGGGUAUUCGAAAACUCAGGGUUAUCCAGAUGUUCCAGGUCCUCUGAACAAUCCAGACUACCCUGGCACCAGGAGCAAUCCAUACUCUGUAGCCUCCAGAACACAUCCAGACUAUCCUGGGUCUCUGACAGAACCAAAUUAUCCUAGAUCUCUGAGUAAUCCAGACUAUUCUGGCACCAGAAGCAAUGCAUACUCUGCAGCCUCUAGAACAAGCCCAGACCAUCCUACCUCUCUACCAGAGCCAGAUUAUAGUGAAUUUCAGAGUCAUCCCUACCACCGAGCAUCAUCCAGCCAGCCAGACUACCCUGGAUCUCAACGAAAUCUUGAUUUUGCAGGCUCCAGCAGCAGUAGAAACUAUGCAGGCUCCAGAACACAUCCAGAUCAUUUUGGAUCCUUAGAACCAGACUACCCUGGAGCUCAGAGCAACUCUGAUCGUCCUGGACCCAGAGCCAAUUUGAACCAUCCAGGAUCCAGAAGGAAUCUAGAACAUACAAGUUUUAGAAUCAAUCCGUACGCAGACUCUCUGGGAAAGCCUGAUUAUCCAGGCACUGACAUUCAACCUAACUCUCCACCCUUUUUUGGGGAGCCAGACUAUCCCGGUGCUGAGGACAGUCAGAACUUGCCAAGCACUUGGAGAGAAACUGAUUAUUCAGAUGCUGAGAAUGGUCAUGAUUAUCGCUUUUCUGAGACCCCAAAGAUGACUAGGAGGGCGCUCAGCAGAACAUCUUCAGUCCAGCCCUCAUUUCAUCACAGGAGUGAUGGCCCCUUGGGCAACCUUUGGGGAGAGAAUGAAGAUUACCCUGAAGGCAUUGAAAUGGCAUCCAUGGAGAUGGCAAACUCAUAUGGCCACUCUCUGCCAGGUGUUCCUGGAAGUGGCUAUGUGAACCCUGCUUAUGUAGGCGAAAGUGAUUCUGUCCUUGCUUAUGGAAACCCACCAUUGUCUGAAUGUGAUUGGCACAAGUCACCCCAAGGACAGAAGUUAAUUGCAUCUCUUAUACCCAUGACAUCCAGAGACAGAAUUAAAGCCAUCAGGAACCAGCCAAAGACCAUGGAAGAGAAAAGGAACCUUAGGAAAAUAGUUGACAAAGAAAAAAGCAAACAGACCCAUCGUAUCCUUCAGCUCAAUUGCUGUAUUCAGUGUCUGAACUCCAUUUCCCGGGCUUAUCGGAGAUCCAAGAACAGCCUGUCGGAAAUUCUCAAUUCCAUCAGCCUGUGGCAGAAGACGCUGAAGAUCAUUGGAGGCAAGUUUGGAACCAGCAUCCUCUCCUAUUUCAACUUUCUGAGAUGGCUUUUGAAGUUCAAUAUUUUCUCAUUCAUCCUGAACUUCAGCUUCAUCAUAAUCCCUCAGUUUACUGUGGCCGAAAAGAACACCCUCCAGUUCACUGGGCUGGAGUUUUUCACUGGGGCGGGUUAUUUUAGGGACACAGUGAUGUACUAUGGCUUUUACACCAAUUCCACCAUCCAGCACGGGAGCAGCGGGGCAUCCUACAACAUGCAGCUGGCCUACAUCUUCACGAUCGGAGCAUGCUUGACCACCUGCUUCUUCAGUUUGCUGUUCAGCAUGGCCAAGUAUUUCCGGAACAACUUCAUUAAUCCCCACAUUUACUCUGGAGGGAUCAACAAGCUGAUCUUUUGCUGGGACUUCACUGUCACUCAUGAAAAAGCUGUGAAGCUAAAACAGAAGAAUCUUAGCACUGAGAUAAGGGAGACCCUGUCUGAGCUCCGUCAGGAGAAUUCCAAGUUGACGUUCAAUCAGCAGCUGACCCGCUUCUCUGCCUACACGGUGGCCUGGGUUGUCUCUACAGGAGUGGCCAUAGCCUGCUGUGCAGCCGUUUAUUACCUGGCUGAGUACAACUUAGAGUUCCUGAAGACACACAGUAACCCUGGGGCGGUGCUGUUACUGCCUUUCGUUGUGUCCUGUAUUAAUCUGGCCGUGCCAUGCAUCUACUCCACGUUCAGGCUCGUGGAGAGGUAUGAGAUGCCGCGGCAUGAAGUCUACGUUCUCCUGAUCCGAAACAUCUUUUUGAAAAUAUCCAUCAUUGGCAUUCUUUGUUACUAUUGGCUCAACACCGUGGCCCUGUCUGGUGAAGAGUGUUGGGAAACCCUCAUUGGCCAGGACAUCUACCGGCUCCUUCUGAUGGAUUUUGUGUUCUCUUUAGUCGAUUCCUUCCUGGGGGAGUUUCUGAGGAGAAUCAUUGGGAUGCACCUGAUCACAAGUCUUGGCCUUCAGGAGUUUGACAUUGCCAGGAACGUUCUAGAACUGAUCUAUGCACAAACUCUGGUGUGGAUUGGAAUCUUCUUCUGCCCCCUGCUGCCCUUUAUCCAAAUGAUUAUGCUUUUCAUCAUGUUCUACUCCAAAAAUAUCAGCCUGAUGAUGAAUUUCCAGCCUCCGAGCAAAGCCUGGCGGGCUUCACAGAUGAUGACUUUCUUCAUCUUCUUGCUCUUUUUCCCGUCCUUCACCGGGGUCUUGUGCACCCUGGCCAUCACCAUCUGGAGAUUGAAGCCUUCAGCUGACUGUGGCCCUUUUCGAGGUCUGCCUUUCUUCAUUCACUCCAUCUACAGCUGGAUCGAUACCCUGAGUACACGGCCUGGCUACCUGUGGGUUGUUUGGAUCUAUCGGAACCUCAUUGGAAGUGUGCACUUCUUUUUCAUCCUCACCCUCAUUGUGCUAAUCAUCACCUAUCUUUACUGGCAGAUCACAGAGGGAAGGAAGAUUAUGAUAAGGCUGCUCCAUGAGCAGAUCAUUAAUGAGGGCAAAGAUAAAAUGUUCCUGAUAGAAAAACUGAUCAAGCUGCAGGAUAUGGAGAAGAAAGCAAACCCCAGCUCACCCGUUUUGGAAAGGAGAGAGGUGGAGCAACAAGGCUCUUUGCAUUUGGGGGAACGUGAGAGCAGUCUUGACUUGCGAUUUAGAAGAUCAGUUCAAGAAGGUAAUCCAAGGGCCUGAUGACUGUUUUGGUAACCAGACACCAAUCAAAUAAGGAGAGGAGAUGAAAACGGAACAAUUUCUUCCAUGCCACCUGUGCCUUUAGGAACUGCCCAGAAGAAAAUCCAAGCCUUUAGCCAGGAGUAGAAACUGACUACAAUGUAAAUAUCACAGUAAAACUGGGCAUUCCGUGCUAUUUUUAACACCUGGAUUGCUGACUUUUCAAGACAAAAUACUUGGGGUUUUCCAAUAAAGAUUGUUGUAAUAUUGAAAUGAGCCUACAAAAACCUAGGAAGAGAUAACUGGGGAAUAAUGUAUUUUAUCUUCAAGAAAUGUGUGCAUGAAUGAUUGGUUCUUCGAAAUCUCUCCUGCCAGACUUCCCAGACCUGGCAAAGGUUUAGAAACUGCUGCUAAGAAAAGUGGUCCAUCCUGAAUAAACAUGUAAUCCUCCAGCAGGGAUAUCAAGCCUCUGAAUUGUAGAACCUGCAUUUAUUUGUGACUUUGAACUAAAGACAUCCUCCAUGUCCCAGAGGUGGAAUACAACCAGAGGUCUCAUCUCUGAACUUUCUUGCGUAUUGAUUACAUGAAUCUUUGGAGUCGGGGAUGGAGGAGGUUCUGCCCCUAUGAGGUGUUAUACAUGACCAUCAAAGUCCUAUGUCAGGCUAGUUUUGCACAGUGGCAGUACCGUAGCCAAUGAGAUUUAUCCAAGACGUGAUUAUUGCUAAUUGAAAAUUUUCCCAAUAGCCCACCAUGAUGACUUGAAAUAUAAUCAGCACUGGCAAUUUUUGACACUCUCUACGGAGACUGAAUAAGAAAAAAAAAAGAAAUUAGCUGGCUGUGACGGCUUAUGCCUGUAAUCCCAGCACUUUGGGAGGCUGAGGCAAGCGUAUCACUUAAUGUCAGGAGUUCAAGACCAGCCUGGCCAACAUGGUGAAAGCCCGUCUGUACUAAAAAUAAAAAAAAAAGUAGCUGGGUGUGGUAGUGCAUGCCUAUAAUCCCAGCUACUUGGGAGGCUGAGGCAGGAGAAUUGCUUGAACCUGGGAGGCAGAGGUUGCAGUGAGGUGAGAUUGUACCACUGCACUCCAGCCUGGGCAACAGAGUGAGACUCUGUCUCAAAAAAAUAAAUAAAUAAAGUAAAAGUCUUAUUCAAACCAAA